GCCUUUUCGCCCCCGGACGACGCCAUAAAGAGCGCUUUCUGUCCCUCUCGGGACGCUGGUGAGUGACUCCGCCGCUGGGCUUUAGGAAAUGUCUGGACGCGGCAAGCAGGGCGGCAAGGCUCGCGCCAAGGCGAAGACGCGUUCGUCCCGCGCCGGGCUGCAGUUCCCUGUGGGGCGCGUGCACCGCCUGCUGCGCAAGGGCAACUACGCCGAGCGCGUGGGCGCCGGCGCCCCGGUGUACCUGGCGGCCGUGCUGGAGUACCUGACGGCCGAGAUCCUGGAGCUGGCGGGCAACGCGGCGCGCGACAACAAGAAGACGCGCAUCAUCCCGCGUCACCUGCAGCUGGCCAUCCGCAACGACGAGGAGCUCAACAAGCUGCUGGGCAAGGUGACGAUCGCGCAGGGCGGCGUGCUGCCCAACAUCCAGGCCGUGCUGCUGCCCAAGAAGACCGAGAGCCACCACAAGACCAAGGGCAAAUGAGGUCCGCAGGACUUGGAAGCUCAAAUUCUCUGUUAAACCAAAAGGCUCUUUUCAGAGCCACCGAUUUUAUCAUUGAGAGUUGCUGUGCCACACUGUUAAACUGCAGUACCUGGAAGUACCUAGGCUUUUAACCAGUCUGAGAUUAGCAAACAGGAAACAGCCAGUGACAAUUACUGUCAUUUUUCUAGUCAGGUUUAAAUUUCAAAGGUAAACUCAAAGUGUAGACAAUUUGUGAUGGGAAUUAGCCACUGGAAGUACGUUAACCCAAGGUCAUCCUGGGCACUGGUGCUAUACCAAGCACCUCGGUAAUAGCUGCUCCAGAUAGAAAAGACCUGUCUCCCAGGAAAAUUGUUUUGCCAAAGAAUAAGUUGUAUAGGCUGUGACAGUUACGUGUGGUGUCUGGGGUUGUAUUAGGAUUGUGUUAGGAACAGUGGGCUCUGUAAAUCAUAUUCUUUACCUUAACAUUGUAUGUGCAGGACCCAUUUGAGACCCUUUCCUUUUAUCUCAGGAGCUAUCCUUAUUCCCCAUUCUUAUUCCCUAUUCCUAUUCUUCAUUCCUAUUACUCAUUCCUAUUUCCCAGUAAAUUUUCCUACUCUUAAAAAAAUUUUUAGCCAAAUAUGGUGGCCCAUGCCUGUAAUCCCAGCACUUGAGAGGCUGAGGCAGGAGGAUGGCCAGAAGUUGGAGGCCAGCCUGGGCUACUCAGUUUGAUUUCAGUAAAUCUAAUUAUCAAAUUGUUCACUCAAAGUCAUCUGCAUUAGCCGGGCGUGGAAGCCUAGGCCUGUAAUCCCAGCACUCUGGAGCUGAGGCAGAAGGAUUGCCUUGAUUUGAGACCAGCCUGAAGUACAAAGUGAGACCCCCAUCUCAAAAGACAAAACCACAAAGUCAUCUGCAUUAUUCAUUCACAUAAAUUUUUAAAAAUUGCUUUGAUGGGAAGGAUCCAGUAAACGAUGGAGCUUCAAGGAUAGUCUAUGAGUUCUUUCCAACUUUAUGAAAAAUUGUUACUGAUGAUGAUGAUACAAUUAGGAUUCGCUCUCCUGGGAUAAAGCAUCUGCUCUUCAACUGACACUUGAACUGUCUAUAUUAUCAGAAAAAUAAAGGUUUUUACAAAUAGAAAUAAAACUGAUGUGAGCAGGACAGACACCAUCUUCUGCUUCUGCCUGGCUCUAACGUUACCUUCGGAGUAAACUAGCUUGUGAUAACCAUACCACGGUGGACCUGUGUGUGAUGGCCACAGCGUGACAACUAUGCGGUCUUCGUACCAAAACACUUCUCCUGUGAACCCUUCCAAGAAACUUAUAAAAAUACGUUUUCUAAAGAAUAUAUUGUUACUACCACAGGAUUAGCACAUGUUAUUUGUGCACAGUAUAAGAUGAGCACAUGUUUGCACCGAACUCCCCACAGCACAAAAGACGAAGCCCCGGGGCUGCUCCUAGGCUCAGUGCUCUGGCUCAGUGCUUGUGGUUCUGCCUGGGCACUGCUCUUCCCAGAGGUGCCGGCCUGCUGUGGUCAUCACUGCUGCCAGGACGCCCCCUCUGGUUCCCGCCAUCCUCUCUCCGGAUCGCCGCCAGCUCCAGCGCUGGCCCUGGCCCAAGCUCUCACAAGCGCCAUCCAGGUGGAAGAAGGGUCCUGUGCGGUCGGCGUCACAUCCGCUUCCAGUUUAGGCCGUGGGUUCGCUUCCCUGUCUGGCUGCGAAGGCGAUAAAUGCUCAGUAAACCUUGCUCUCCGGAGAUGGCGCGACUCGGGAUCUUUGCUGGGCAGACAUGCCGGGUCCCUCUGGUUCCCCGGAGUCGGAGAGUGGCCGAACUCUGGGCUCCAGUGGCCUCCUUGUCCGCUCACAACACAAAACUGUCCAAAAAUUUUGAUAAAAUACAUGUUUGUAAUUGCAAUUAGUAC